AGUUCUGGGAGCAGUAGUCACACCUCAAUUGCACAUGUGUCAUGCAUGCAAUUCAAUCUAGACCGUCCACUGUGAUGGGCCUGUUGUGACUGUUGAAUUUGUACUGCCAAUCACCUUUUCAUUUAACUGUCCGUUGAUGACACCAAUUGAAAGGUAUCUGCUAGAAUAGCUCCCUUUUAGCAUACUUACGGCUAUCUCAUGGCUCAAAAGGGGAACCAACAGAAGAAUGGCUUAGAUUGCAAUACUACAAACAGCAAACAUACACCUUCAGAAUCAAUGGGCCCAUCAUUGCAAGAGAAGAAAGAUAAGGUAAAGGCAUAUGAGGGAAAUGUUAUUGAUGGGUGCUGGCCAAGCAGCUCAUCUGACGUAAGAAUGAAUAACACCAAACAUUUGGGAGAUGAGAAGAAAAGCACACCGAAAUCUGACACCAUCGGUAGCAAGGAAGAACUGGCUGAUGAUGAUAAAGCACUUCAUUUAGAACAACCAAUGCCCAUGUCUAGAAAUUCAAGAGAUGGUGUAGGAAAUGAAUCAAUGUCUGAUGAUUCCAAGUUAAGAGAUGAGGUGACACCAGUAGGCAGUAGCCAUGGUCCAAAAGAUAUGGAAAGCGGUUCAGACCACUUGCAGCACGGUUUGGCGGCCGAGGAUGUGAUGGCUGGUAGGAGUUUAGGAGCUUCAGCUUUGUCUAUCUGGGAAGUGGUCAGCGGGUGGCUCGAAAGGCAGAAGCAAUCAAUCAAUAUUUCAAUGCCCAUUUUAUUCAACCUGUGUAAUUACGUCCGUCUCAGGGCUGAGUAUCUUAUUUUCUGGAGGUGUCUUGUGCCUUUUGGGAAGUUGGUGCUGCUUCUUUCCUUGCUUUGGUUGGGGUGCUGUCUUAGGGGCUUCCGUUCCUUACUCCACCAGGGAACAGCAUGCUUUUUCACAGUUAUAUGGUGCAGCAUUCUCUCAAUUAUUGGAAUGGUUGGCGUUUCCAAAUUUCUUAUGUUGAUGGUAAUAGCUGGUAUAGUGGCGGUUUUCAGUGGUUAUGCUCUUGCAGUUUUGGUAACUGGAAUCUUUGCAACUGUAUUUUUGUGGAUGUAUGGCAGCUUUGGGAUAACUGGAUCCAUCGUCUUUGUUGGAGUGAUUGCACUUUCUUUGGGCCUUGAACGCCCUGCAAUCGCAAUUGCCACCCUUUAUUCUAUACAUUGCACAACAAGCUAUGUUGGAUGGCUCGGCUUGCUCUUGGGAUUAAACCUCUCUUUCAUUUCGAGUGAUGGCCUGAUGCACUUUCUAAAAAAUAACCCAAAUGAGCACAGACGCAAUCGCUCCCAACGACGAUCAGCGGAAAGCCGAGGUAGGCAGCCUUCAGGUGAUGCCUUUUGGUCUGCUUCUAGGAGAUCUACAACAGGUGGGGCUGAAGCAGAAUUAACAUCUGAAGCUGAAGUUGUUCGGCUGUUGAAGUGUAAGGAUCACUAUGCGGCAUUGGGCUUGUCCCGUUACGAGCAGAUAGAUGUUUCUUGGCUCAAGCGGGAGUACCGUAAAAAGGCAAUGCUGGUCCACCCAGAUAAAAAUAAGGGUAAUGAAAAGGCUGUAGAAGCCUUCAAGAAACUCCAAAAUGCAUAUGAGGUUUUGCUAGAUUCAUUGAAGCGAAAAGCAUAUGACAUGGAAUUGAGGAGGGACGAGUUGCUGAACUAUUUCCGCAGGUUCCAAAGUUCCUCUCAGGUUUCAAGCUUGCCCUUUGUUCUCCAGAAUCAAAGGCAUGGUUUCUUUGCAUCUUGGUUCUGUCGUUCUGAAGCUGAUGGUAAUGACUCCCAUGGAGAUUCGAGAAGAAUAGCUUGCAAAAAGUGCGGUGAUUUUCACACGUGGGCAUAUACAGAUAGAUCAAAAUUCCAAGCAAGAUGGUGCCAGGACUGCAAAGAUUUCCAUCAAGCUAAAGACGGAGACGGAUGGGUUGAACAAUCUUUUCAUCCCUUUUUAUUUGGAUUGUUUCAGAAGGUGGGUGCUCCCUGUGCAUACGUUUGCAUUGGAGGAAAAAUAUAUAACGUAACCAAAUGGCUUACUUGUCAGGGAAUCAGAUGUGCAGCUAACACUCACAAGCCGAGCUUUCACGUCAGCGCCAGCAAUGCCUCCAAGCAUGGCACUACGGGAACUGGUUCAACAUCCAAAGGCAGUGGAAUGCCAGCCUUCUACAUGGAUGAGAGCCUGACAGACGAGGCAUUCUUCGAGUGGUUGCAGAACACAGUGCAGUUGAGCGUGUUUGAAGCUGGCAGCCCAUCAUCCGAGAGCCCUUCAACCAGCAGUGGCUCCAAGAGCGGUGGCAGCAAUGGUGGAAAGAGAAAGAAGAAGGGAAAGAAGCAAUGGUGAGCACCCAUUUCCUCAGAGACCCAAAAUCAACCUUCUCCAGAGCAGGUGAUCUUUCCAUAGAUAUGAAAGCUAUCUAAAUAUACACUAAACACCAUAUUGUUAGCUUGUAGGCCUUUUAUCAGUAGACAUUUUCAUUUCAUUCUCAAUACAUCGUUCUGUACAGUCGACUUUCUUUUUACGUUUUGCAUCAAAAUCAUCGAAAUAUGCUCGUUCUGUA